GUAACCACAUCUGAUAUAAGCAGAAUAAAGUGCAUCACAUUGCUGUAUUUACGUAUUAAAGCACGGUUGCAUCAUAUUUCUCCAGAAAUGGUCCAAGUUGCUUUCUUUUUGAAAGAGGUUUCCAAGGUUUUACGCAUUUUUUCCAACUCCUUUCUGCAUGGAAGUGGGCUGUGCUGGAUUCUGACAAAGCCUCCCCUGACCCCCCAAACGCAUCCUCACUCACUCCCUCACUCAGAAGCUUCAGAGGAUCCGCAGAAAGAAGAAGCUGCAACAGUCGCGGAGUCUCCAAGGACGCAGCGCAACAUCCAGAUUGCUCCGCGCGCAACUCUGUGGACACAUGCAGAGGCGGCGGGGAGGAUGGCGGCCGCUUCCACAGACUCGGGACAGGGCUCCUCCAAAAUCACCCCCGAAGUGCUGCAGGAGAUGCUCCAGUACUACAACCUGAGCCGCCAGGAGUUCAUCAACACCUACAACAUCCAGCCGCUCGUCUACAUCCCCGAGCUGCCGCGCGGCGCCAAGAUCACCUUCGUUAUCAUGUACGUGCUGAUCUUCGUCCUGGCUCUGGCUGGAAACACUUUGGUCAUCUAUAUAGUGGUGAAGAAGCGCGCCAUCCAGACAGCAACGGAUAUUUUCAUCUGCUCUCUGGCGGUCAGCGACCUGCUCAUCACUUUCUUCUGCAUCCCUUUCACUUUGUUGCAGAAUAUCUCUUCAGAGUGGUUUGGGGGGGUCCUAGUUUGCAAGACCGUGCCCUUUGUGCAGACUACGGCCAUCGUGACCGGCAUCCUCACUAUGACCUGCAUCGCUAUUGAGAGAUACCAGGGGAUUGUUUUCCCGCUGAAAAUGAGGCGGCAGUACUCUUCCAAAAGAGCAUACAAGAUGCUAGGACUUGUAUGGAUCGCCUCGGUGGUUGUGGGUUCUCCGAUGCUUUUUGUGCAGCAGCUGCAGGUCAAGUAUGACUUCCUGUACGAUCACUACCACGUGUGCUGUCAGGAGAGCUGGAGCUCCCUCACCUACAGGCAGGCGUACACCACCUUCAUCAUGGUGGCUCUUUUCCUGCUCCCCCUGACGGCGAUGCUCUUCCUCUACACCCGCAUCGGAAUCGAGCUGUGGAUCCGCAAGAGGGUCGGGGACGCUUCAGUUCUCAGCACCAUGAACCACAGGGAGAUCGGCAAGAUUUCAAGGAAGAAGAAAAGAGCUGUUAAAAUGAUGGUGACUAUUGUUCUGCUUUUCACCAUCUGCUGGGCACCAUUCCAUACGGUUCACAUGCUGUUUGAGUACAAUGACUUGGAGAAGAAGUACGACGGAGUCACUCUCAACAUGAUCAUCGCCAUCGUCCAGGCGGUGGGCUUUUUCAACAGCUUCAACAACCCCAUCGUGUACGCCUUCAUGAACGAGAACUUCAAGAAGACCUGCGUCUCCACCCUCUCCCGCUGCAUCCGAAAGCCCAACCAGCAGAGCGGCGCCACGGUGGCGCCGCGCCUGAGCGUGCAGUUCAUCAAACCCCAAAGCCGAGAGGCCUUCCUGAACCCGGAUGAAGGGAACUCCUCGGAGCAGGCCUCUGCGGAGAAAGGCGCCUCCAGCUCGCUGCACGGGGAGCGCUCGCUGAAAGGGAUGGGAGAGAAGAUCUCCACCAUCCAAACGGAACUCCCUGCCAACAGCUCCACGCAAGUCAAAUGAGAAAAUCUGAGGCUUUGAUGCUUUAGUUUUGGAGCUCUCACCCCCUGUUGCCUGCUGGGAAAUGACGCCAUCAGCUGCAAGCGACACAUAAGUGAAUGAGGAGGAGACAAAAAGACAAUCUGACAGGAUUUCUCUGUGGAUUUAUGUGCAUUCCAGUGUGGAGCUGGUUAAGGAAUAUUGGAAGGAGGCGUUCUUUGGAAACAAAAGGGGGAAAAACAGACAAUAAUCAUGUUUUUCUUCAAUUCUGAAGUCAUUUGAAAAAGUCAUUUUUUGCUUUCGAUUGAUCUAAAUUUGUUCAGUCUUGAACAAAAAAAACUCAUCUUUAUUUUUGAUGGACAAACUUUGUUGCACUUGAAAUGAUUGUGGAAAAGUCUGAAGAAUAUUCUGUUUACAAAGAUUUGUGUAUUUUGAAUUGCAUGUAGCCUUGUUUCUGCCAUCUGGUGCUUAUCAGCCACUUUGGCUAAACUCAGUGACAUAAAAGCUGCUUUUUUUUUCAUCCCAGGUUUUAAAAACUCCUCAAACUGUGAGGUGUAUCAGCUGCAAGUUAACAUACGUGUUUUCAUACCAAAUAUUUGGAUUUAAUUUGUGACAUGUGUUGUUAUUCUAAUUAUUUGAUCCCAUUUGGCUUUGAGGAAUGUAUUUAAUUAUUUAUUUAUUUUUUGCUGCUCUCUGUGAACACCAGCUGCCCUCGACAGUCCUCGUUUGUGAUCCAUUCAAGCUGCUGUAAUUAAUCAGAGGCUGCACAUCAAGAAUCUAAAAAAAAAUCAACCAUCGAUGUCUCAUCUCAGUCACGCUGUGGAUGGAAAAAAAGGUUUUGGGACACCUGGGUUGGUGCUUACCGAGGCUAAAAUUGGACUCAGCAUGUGGUUGGAGUUUAAAUCUGCCUUCAGUUAUCUGCUUCUGAUUCAAAUCAAUGCAAAACGUCUGUAAUUUGUCACCGCUCUGCCGCGUGGAGAUGGAAUCUGCAUAAAAUCUGCGUACACGCAGAGUCAUGAAUGUAUCUGUCACAACAAUGAAUCGGGGAGAGGCCGUUUCACAUCAGAAGGGAAGCAACGUGAACUAACAGGAUUAAAGAAAAGACC